UAGGAGGUAGAUAAGUCGUUUUUUUUUGAAAAAAAACGGGUUAAAAAUGACGAAUAUAACUGGAGAACAUCAUCAAAAACAGAUAAAGGAUAUGCCGCAAUGCCAGGAAAUAGCACAGAAGAAUGUUACAGCAUCAUCUAUUAUAUUUCGUCAAGCAAAAAAACAAUUUGCAGCGUUAAAAUUAGAAAAUAAUUCACCAGGAAAAUCAAGUAUAAAGAUUAAUGGAAAUGCUCAAACAUCUAUGAAGACGAUUGGGGUUACGGGUAUUCAGGGAUUGCCUCCUUUCCAAAAUAAAAUUCCAGUUUUAAGGAUCUCACCAUCACUUAAUACGAUGAUGUCAUCGAAAAGUAAUAAUACAGCAGUUAUAAGAGCCAAAGUACCGAAAACUGUUAUAAAACCAGGGGAAAAAGUGCGUCCUUCAGAAGCGUCGAAAAAAGUAAUUACGAAUGGUACGAUAAUUAGACCAUCACAAACACCCAAAUCUACACGAAUUAAGACAGCAACCGUUUCAUCAUAUCAACAAAAACAUUCAUUACAACAAACAUCAGCGUCACCAAAUAAAAGCUUAAUUAAGAAGCCUAAUAUGCCUAUAACAUUGCGAGCAAAGACAGGUAUACCUUAUGCCUCUUUAGCUACAUCGCCAUUGCGUCCACAAAUACAAAAAAAAACGGAAAUAAAAAAGACCAAUGGUCAGCAGGAAACCCAAAAGAAACAGCCUGGCGCGAUCAAGGUGAUUUCUGUUAACGCGCUUAAUGCACGUCAGCCAAAAGUAAUUACAACAGAAAACAAUCAAAAUAAUAAGCCCCUUAGACUUGCAAUGUCACUUUCAAAAACUGGUUCCGUGCCAAAAACAAAUCAGUGUUUGUCCCCAAAUAGCAAAUCACCCCUUAAGCCUUUUGCUAGUGUAACUAAUCUAGUGUCGCAUGAGAAACUUAGAAAACCGAUUUUUGUAGCUUCUAAUACGAAUAAUGGAAGCAGUCAAAUGAAAAGGAUAUAGUGUUUGAAUAAGAAAAACCCUUAUUUAUUUUUUUUGAGUAAGUUUA